AUGCCUUACACUCCGCCGCCACACCGAUCACCUGCCUCCUCAGUGUCAAACUCACCUGAUGUGAGCCGUCGCUCUUCCUUCCAGUCCGGUCCCAGGCCGUCUCUCCCUCGUUCCGCAUCUUACCUAAACAAGCAUCGACGCACACAGUCAGUCACUACGAUCAGUCCCGUGCCAGCAACAUCUCCCACCGUCAAUGGUUCCAAGGAGACAAAACCCACGAUGCCAAGUUUGGGUGGCAGCCUGCGGCAAUCGCCGCCGCCUGCUGUCGACAGGCGGGAGUUAAUUCCCAAAGGAGCCUUGAUUUCACCUCCAGAAUCCGCCACGUCUGGAAGCGAUGAAGAUGAGCCCCCAGAGAUCAAGAGUCGACGAAAUGUUGUCCUCAAAGACCUGAGAGAGGCAGUCAGUCAAAUGUCCAAAGCUGCGACCCCUCCCCCUUCAGAAACACAACACAUGGAUAGCAUUCUCCCCAGUUUACGCGUGAGCCUCAGCACUAGUGCCUUGAGCGAGCUGCCCAUAGGAGGGCGCAAAAACGGACACAUGCGCUCUGCCACCGAACCCCAUGCCUCAAUAUUGAAGCAAAGAACCUCCUUGGCCGCAUCCGAAGAGGAGGCAGAUGACGACCUGAAGUUCAAACCCCAGAUGGUGCGGAAGAAGUCUGGUGAAUUGGUACGACCGGCCCUUCGUGGCAAUCGACGCCCGUCUAGUAUGCCGGGCACGCCCGUGUUUUCGAAGGCUGUUCACUUUGACUCUCAUUUAGAGCACGUCCGCCACUUCUUGCAAGUUGACCGGCCCCUUGCCGUAAGCGCUGGGUCGUCGCCGGUUGAAAAUUACGACAGCGACGCGGAAUAUCCAUUUCUCAAGAGCAGCGAUGGAGGCAAGGCUCCCCCCUUUGAGUGGGAGCUUGCUACCCCUAAUUUUCCCCACGACUCUCUUGUACGCAGGACGAUGCCUGCGAGGUUAGAAAAGGUUUGGUUAUCCAACGAUCAAAAGUCUCUUUUGGGCUCCAUCAGCGUGGCAAAUUUGGCGUUUCACAAAUCAGUUGUCUGUCGCUUUACCAUGGACUACUGGAAGACUGUGUCGGAAGUCAGCGCCGAAUACAGUCAUGAAAUACGCCCUCGUGAGGGCUCGGAAGGCCGCGAUCGGUUCACUUUUACCAUCAAGCUGUCAGAUAUGGCCGACUUAGAGUCCAAGACUCUCUUCUUAUGCAUCCGUUACACGGUAAACGGCCAGAAGUAUUGGGACAAUAACAACUCGACCAAUUUCCAAGUUGAUUUCAAGAAGAAGCCUUUGCCGCAGAAUGGUAAGCAUAACUUCCAGGGAGCAGCCUCCAAGCCUCUGAAUGGCCUGCCUCGCACCAACCGCAGACAAAGUGGCGCAAGUACACUUCGCCCGCUGUCUAUGCCCGCAUCCCUAGAUGCUUUCGGUAAUGCCAAUGGUGUCUUCAAAUUUGAUCAGCCUAUUCAUGAAUACCUCGGCGAGUCUGACUCUGCCGGCGGGCUCCGCUUCAAGUCAAAGUCUUCCUCCAGUCUUGCGAGCGAUAAUCUUUCUCAAGAUGUGGUGUCACCCAGCGGGGCUGCCUUUUCUAACCGCUACGACUUUGGUGCGUCUCUCAACGCUGCUGUCAAGGCGGCCAAGGACACGACCUCCAACCAAUCCAAGACCAAGGAGAAGGAGAAGGACACACUCUACAUGAAGAGAAACGUUCGAGGGUCUGAAUCCUCGGCGUCUCUGCCAUUCAGUGGAAGCUCGCCAAGUGGGCUGGACUCACCUGCGUCGAGUCUACCAAGCGUCUCAUAUGAGGAACUCGUCAACAGGUAUUGCUUUGUAUGUGCUCCCGAUCUCCAGUUCAACCUUACCGAAAACCCUCCUACAACACCCUAG